CGCGGGGCUGAGGUGAGCCGAGCCGAGCCGGGCCAGGCCGGGCCAGGCUGGGCGAGGAGCGAAGGAGUGCCCCAGCCUCUGAGGACACCUCUGGGAAGGAGUGGCCUCUCCCAGCUGGACAGGGAGGGCAUGACCAGCUGCUGCCAUCAGUCACCGCACAGGGACAGGGAGCCCAACCAGAGGUGCUAUCUGCAGGCCCCCCGCGAGGGCCGCGAUGAUCAGCCGGAGCUACCCCCCCACCUCGCUUCCUGAGUCAAGCUCUGCCGUCCCAGAGGCAGCCGUGUCGCUGCUCUGAUUCAGGUCUGCCCUGGCACCCCCAGGCGAGUCCGGAGCGCGAGUCCUGCCCUUGGCACAUGCACCAUGAGUCACAGUGCCAGCUCCAGGCUGGCCGACUCUCCUCAGCUCUCCAAGAGCAGCCUCUUGAACAUCCUGGGCAGCCCUUCUCCUGAGCGGAUGGGCCUGGCUGACUCUCUGCCACCCACCCCGCAGAGCGGGACCCCCUCUCCGGGGCCCCCACCGCUGCCCCUGCUGCGCGGCGGCUCCCCUGGGCUGGACGGUGACUGGGAGAGCCGGGAAGAGCUGCGCCUUCGAGAACUGGAGGAGGCCCGGGCCCGGGCGGCCCAGAUGGAGAAGACCAUGCGCUGGUGGUCGGACUGCACGGCCAAUUGGAGGGAGAAGUGGAGCAAGGUGAGAGCUGAACGCAACAAGGCGCGGGAAGAGGUGCGGCAGCUUCGGCAGAAAUUGGAGGCGCUGACUAAAGAGCUGACGGGGGCCCGGAGGGAGCGGCAAGAGGCCCUGAACCAGAGCGAACAGCUGGGCAAGGAGGUGGCUCGACUUAAGGGGGCCCGGCUGCAGGAGGAGGAGGAGGACCACCAGGAGGGAGAGGAGGCUCAUGAAGAGGAGAAAGGCAUGGACAAGGAGAAGGAACUGGACAAUAGGGUGGUCUCAGAGAAGGAGAACCAGGGGGGUGGCCCUGAGCAGGAGCCUGUGCGGGAUGUGGGCUCGGAGAAACCAGGCAAGAAUAAGGAGCUGGAACUGAUGGAAAACCUUCUGAAGAGCAAGCAAGAGGGGCCUGAGAACUGGGAGACACGAAGCAUGGCCGGUGUCCGUGCUACCUUCAGCCGGCAGGAACGAAGCCGACUUCUCUGGGAGGAAGUGUCCACCAUCGAGGAGGAUGUCACCAAGGUGACUGCCCUGAAGCUUCGGCUGGAUGAGUCCCAGAAAGUGCUGCUCAAGGAGCGAGAGGAUAAGCUGUCACUGAGCAAGAACAUUGAAAAACUGGAAGGGGAGCUCAGCCAGUGGAAGAUCAAAUAUGAGGAGCUAAACAAAAACAAGCAGGAAGUACUGAAGCAGCUCAACAUCCUUAAAGAAAUGCAUCAGGAUGAACUGGGCCGCAUAUCAGAGGACCUAGAAGAUGAACUUGGGGCUCGGUCCAACAUGGACAAAAAGAUAGCAGAGCUUCGGAGUGAGAUGGAGCGUUUACAGGCGGAGAACGCUGCCGAGUGGGGCCGCCGAGAGAGGCUCGAGACAGAGAAGCUAAAUCUCGAGAGGGAAAACAAGAAGCUUCGAGCCCAGAUUGAGGACCUAGAGGAGGUGCUGGCCCGAAAGCGGCGUCAGACAGCCAGUGCUCUGGAUUCGGACCUCAAGGCCAUCCAGGCUGAGCUCUUUGAGAAGAACAAGGAGCUGGCGGACCUCAAGCACGUGCACACCAAGCUGAAGAAGCAGUGCCAGGAGAAGAUGGCGGAGCUGGCCCAUGCGAACCGGCGCGUGGAGCAGCACGAGGGCGAGGUCAAGAAGCUGAGGCUGCGGGUGGAGGAGCUGAAGAAGGAGCUGGCCCAGGCCGAAGACGAGCUGGACGAAGCCCAUAAUCAGGCUCGGAAGCUGCAGAGGUCCCUGGAUGAGCAGACAGAACACAGCGAGAACCUACAGGUUCAGCUGGAGCAUCUGCAAUCAAGACUCCGCCGGCAGCAGAAUGCCCCGCUCUUUGGAAAGAUCCGGAGUUCUCGGUUUGGAUCUGAAGAACCUGGGGAUGGUACGAGUGACCUGGAUGAGGAUGAGGACCUACAGAUCCAAGUCCCUUAGUGCAAGCAAAGGAGGAAGGGAAGAGCUAGCCUGUAGGAAGGAACUACUUGGACCAACUUUCCAGUGUUUUUAGUGUCAACAGCCCAGGGGCCUGCUGCACUAUGAGAGCUGGGCCAAGGUGGGUAGAUACAACUUGGCCCUUAGCAAGCUGAGGGUAGGACACUCCUUCCUCAGGACCGGCCAAGGCUAUCAGGGAGAUCCACCUGACCAAAUUUCAUUCCCUUCGUCUCCCAGCUGAUUCCCCCUGACCCUCUUAGUCCUUUUCUUCUUCCUUCUAGCCUCUACCUACCCUCAAUCUUCUGGAAAAUCAUCAAGGAUGGACUAAAAAUAAGAUAAUGAUUUUAUUUUGGGCCAUUAAAGAGCUAAGUAGGAACUGAGACUGACCUACCCAAUUCUCUGGAAAGGUGGGAGAAGUGUUUUAUUAUACAUAUACCUAUAUUAUAUACAUGCAUACAUAUAUGUGUGUGUGUACUUAUACCUGUUUUAUUUUAUAAACGUAUGAACUAAGGAGAGGCUGACUGCUGUGAGAAAGAUUUGGGGAUUUAACUCAGUCUCCCUUUCCCCAGUUUGGGGUAUCCUUUUGGACUCUGCAUUACAAGACAUGGAAGCCAUUGGGAAGACUUCCCCCUCCCCCAGCUGAGCUCCAGGGGCCCAGUGGGGCAGAGGAGUGGGCCAACAAACACAUUUUUUUUACAAACUGAUCUUUUGUAAUAAAUUGAGUUAAGUUCACCUGAA